AUGUCUCAGCCACCCCCCAACCCACGCACCAACCCUCACCACCCCUCCACCUCCACCCCCACCCCCACCCCCUCCUCGCAAUGGGGCGAUGAAGUCACCCGCCGCGAGCACACCUUCCGCUCCACCACCCCGCUGCCCCACCCGCCCAUCCCGCGAGCCCAACGCACCUACGAGCCGCCCCCCAAGCCCGCCUCCCUCAUUGACACCCCGCCGCCCAAGCCGCAGAUCUACCUCGACGAAGGCUGGCGCGAGCGUGCUGCGGCCACGGCACCCCCGAAAACACCCGCGCCGAAAAAGACGGCCGCGAAGAGGAAGCCGGCGCAGCGCAAGAAGAGGGCGAGGAAGAAUGAUGUGGACGAGCAGGAGGAGGAGGAGGAGGAGCGGGAGAAUGGGGACGGGGCGGGCUCGUCGUCGAUGUUUGGCAGCUCGCCUGUCAAGAUGCCGUAUGCAAAUACAAAUGGCAGCUCCCCCAUUACGCUACAAUACGCAAGUGCAAAUGCAAAUGCAAAUGGCAAUGGCAACGGCAUGAGCUCCCCCAUCAAGCUCCCAUACAGAAACGGAAACACAAACGGCAAUGGCAGCUCCCCCAUCAAGUUCCCAUACACAAAUGGAAACGCCGAGAACCAAAACAGCACCGCUGCACCCUGGAGCUCACCACCCGCUGCCAACCCCAACCCCCAGUGGAGCAUCCGCCAGGAGAUCGAAGCCUCGCUCACGCAGCAGCUGCCGGCGAACGCUGAGCGCUUCUCAUCACCGGGCCCAGGGCCAGCACCCAGAAAGCAGGCCAGGACCCGUGGCAGGUCGCUGGUCAAUAUAUACCACGACCAGCACCCGUUGAGCACCACACCUUCCCUUGGGGGCAGCAACAGCCUCCUGCAGCAUAAUGUAAAUACGCAGAUGCAGAUGCAGAUGCAGAUGCACGGCCAGGUGAAUGGGCGUAUGCAGUCAAACGGGAUGAACCCAAACCAAAACCCGAAUCUGAAUGGGGGCUUCAAAGGCUUCUACCAGCCUUCGGCUUCGGCUUCGGCUUCGUCGGGUCCUGGGGGUGCUGCAGCUGCCGCUGCCGCUCAGCUGUAUGGCAAUGGUCAGAACAACGUACCGGUGAAUGCCUACUCUAUGAACCAGAUCCGCCAUACCGCUGCGGGCCCUCCUGGACAAUACCAGCAGCUCAACCGAAAGCCACCCAUGAUCCAGAACAACGGGUACAGCAGCUUCCAGAACCAAGGCACAUACAACUACGGCGCCCCCAUCCCCAUCCCCGCGACCACCGGCCAGCUCCAGAACACAGACCUGAGCAGCUUCAAAAAAUACCACCCCGCCCCCGCCGGCCUCCAAACCCCCCGCCACGUGCUCAAGUCCAACGGCAACGGCAACGUCAACGACCAGGCCGCCGCCGUCCCACAGCCGCAGUAUGCCAACCCCGCGCUCGCCGAGUACGUGGCGGCCCAGGGAGACUUGGGGGACUUUCGCAGCUUGAAUAAGUACAGCCCGGACAUACCGCCGCAGGGAGGCCCGGCGACGCCGCAGAGCCAGCUGGAGAGGCAGAGGCUGGAGCAGGAGCUGCAGGGACAGGUGUAUGCGCAGUGGAGGCAGCAGGUGCAGCAGCAGCAGAUGCUGCAGAUACAGCAGCAGCAGCAGCAGAUAUUGAUGCAGCAGCAGGUACAGCAGCAGGUACAGCAGCAGCAACAGCAGAUACAGCAGCGCCAGGUACAGCAGCAGCAGAUACAGCAGCAGCAGAUACAGCAGCAGCAGAUGCAGCAGCAGCGGAAGGUACAGCAGCAGCAGCCGCCUCAACGCCAGCAGCCACAGCAGCGCCAGGUACAGCAGCAGCAACCGGUCGAUUUACAAGCCGCCCGGGACCGCGGCAUGUUCGGGUUCGACCCGGGCAUGUCGCAGAAGGACAAGCAGGCUGCCAUCAACAGCAAGCUGCUGGAGGUGCAUGCGGCCAAGAAGAGGAGGAUGCUGGAAGCUGCGGGGGGCCCGCAGACUAAGAAGGGGAGAGUCGGCGAGCAGAAUGUAGGACCGGCGAUGGUGCAGAAGCAGGCGGUGCAGAAUUAUCAGUGGCAGAUGAAGCAGCAGCAGGGUGCUGUGACCUACAAUAACGGUGUCGGACCGGGAGAUGGCAAGACUAGUAUAGCUAGAACUAGCCAACAGGGAGUGAUCAGGUCGAAUGGGUUGGCACAUGCUGCUCCUGGAACUCCAAAUGUUGGUUUGCAGGAAUCAUUGGCUCAAAGUGCGGUUCCUGGCCAGGUCGAGCAUGGGGGAAAUGGGAAGCAGAGAGCAACGGACUCUGCUGGUCAAUGUUUCGGGAACGGGGGAGAAAUCGCUGGAGCUGGCGGGAACGGUGCCGCUCAGAACAUAGAGAAUCCGAUGGCCUCCGUAGCUUCCAGGUCUAGGUCUCUAUCUGGUUCUAGUGGGAACACGGCCCCCGUAGUUUCUAGGUCCCGUUCUGGAUCUAGUUCUGGUGGGAACAUGGCCGCUGUGUCUCUGUCUCCUGGGUCUCAAUUUGGAUCUGAGUAUAUUGGAACCGCUCCUGCACCGACCCCCGCGGGAAAUAGUUCGGCAGACUUUUCGGACUACAAUAGCGUAUACCAAGGUCUAAUGGCUACGGAUACUAUCACUGCCACCCAACCCACCGCCAGCCCGCAGUCAAACAGCGUGUCUCUCACCCCCGCGGCGACACCACCGCUACUAUACCCCACCGCCUCCGCCUCCAGCGAAACAACAAUCUCCCCCUCCGCCCCGCCGCCAACGCCCGCACCCUUCCAAUACAACCCCACAAGCACCCCGAUCGACUUUGCCUCGCAGUCACUGCCCGACCUGAUGCAGUACCUCGGCGGCGACAUCACCACCGAGGAGCUGCUCAGCAUCCCCGAGGAGGAGUGGAGCUGCGACGCGGUCUUCCUGGAGGCGGCGGGAAUAGCGGACCCGGACUUCCCGGCGUUCGAGAUUAGGGCGCCGGAUGUGCCGCAGCUGACGCCGCCGGCGGUGGUGGAUCGGGGGAGCGAGCUGGUGUUGGAGCCGGGCUAUUUGUCGUGGGAUGCGCCGGCGAUCUUGUUUAGGCCCGGGGAUGAGUUUGUGGCGAAUGGCGGGAUGGUGGGCGAUGUGGAGGAUUGGUGGGCGGCGAAGUAG